UGGUCACAGGUGGGUGGCACUACUGGGCACAGGUGGGUGGCACUACUGGGCACAGGUAGGUGGCACUUCUGGGCACAGGUGGUGACACUGCUAGGUGGCACAGGUGGGCGCAUUGCUGGGCACAGGUGGGUGCAUUGCUGGGCACAGGUGGGCGCAAUGCUGGGCACAGAUGGGCGGAACUUGUGUGUGGCACUGCUGGUCACUGAUCAUCAGGGCACUGGUGAUCAGUGACCCUGAUGAUCGGUGCCGAUCCCCGCUCUGACAACUGCCGGUUUUCGGCAGUACUUUCCUCACGAUCUGACAGUGUGAGGAAAGUGCAGCCAAGAACCGGCAUUUGCAU